AUAUAAAAAAAGAUCUUGUAGAAAUUAGAAAUUCGAAUUUGUAUAUACCUCACACAUACACCUUGACAUCCUUACACAUACACCUUUUCUAUAUGUACAUCUUGUUUGUGCGAUCACACCUAGGUUUAAGUAUCUCAGGCAAUACUGUCAAAUAGAGAUGUCAUUCGUGAUUGAGCGCUAAAACAGAAAACACGCAAUUCUUCAGCCUUCAGUUAAUUCUUCCGAAAUUAAGAAAGAUUACAAUUCAGAAGUGGGAUAAACCGUUUGUGCCGAAAAAUGCUUACAAAAGAGGAACUUCUUUGUGCUUUGGAAGUUGCUAACAUCGAAGUGCCUCCGAAAGCAACUUUACCACAACUACGCAUGUUGUACGAGCAAAGUGUACCGAAAAACAAAAUGGAGGAACAAUCAACCCAGAAUUUCAUUCCUCAAAGAGUGUGUGCAGAUGAAGACGAAGUGACGAACAAUGGAAACCACGUUGCAGCAGCCGCCAUCUUGAUGAAAGACAAAGCUGCUCCGACAUCUUCGACGCAAGGUGCUUCAUUCGACGCAACUUCUCAUCAAUUGGAAUUAAUGGCGCUACGAGCAAAAAUUAUGGAAAUGGAACAGCGGCAGACGUUUACGGAUGGUCGAUUGGUUCAUCCCGAGGAGUUGAAACAUUUGAUACCGGAAUUUUCUGACGGCCUCGGUAUCAAUAAGUGGAUCAAUACGAUUCGCUACAAUAGCGAAUUAUAUGGAUGGCAGGAUCGCACGAUGCUUUUAUAUGCAGGCAGUCGGUUGACUGGAGCAGCAAGCGAAUGGUACAAUGGCUUCCGUAACACUUUGAAGACAUUCGACGAAUUCGCUGACACAAUUAAAAAGGCUUUUCCUGAUCGCUGUAACGAAGCCGUUAUUCAUAGCCAAUUAGCAUCGGUCUACAAGAAAAUUUCUGAGUCGUACACAAGCUAUGUAUACCGAGUAAAUGCGCUGGGAAUGUCAGGCCACGUGAGUGAGGAGGCUAUCAUAACUUAUGUCAUCAGAGGACUUUCUCGUGACCCUCUCUAUGAUAGCCUUGUGACCAAGGAUUACCGCGAUAUUUACGACCUGAUUGACAACAUUAAGCGAUAUGAAUCCCAUCUUCUGUUGCGCAAAAACCCAGAACGCCGCAGCCCAUCUCACAUCAACACCAUUUCCCCGAGACCGAUUCCACCAAGACAAACGACGACAGAACCUCUUCGAUGUUAUAACUGCUCGAAUCAUGGACAUCAUUCAUCGCAAUGCACACAACCUCGCCGAGCUCCGGGUUCCUGUUUCCGAUGUGGUAGCACAUCACAUGUCAUUCGCAACUGUCCUGUCCCAGAUAGACGUCAACUAACGGUUGCUGCGGUACAGGGCAACGACAAUGAAACAGCGCAUCUAGAUUCUGGGGAAAAUGGAAACUUCGUUCAACUUGAGGCCUAUCAGGAGCUCUAAAAGCUUCAUAAAUGAAGCCAUUGUUCCGGUUACAAAACUAAGCGCUCCCCAACCAAGUGGAUUUCGAGGAAUAGGAAAUGUGAAUUUACAAACUCUUGGAACAGUACAGCUAAAACUUAGUUUUCGUAAUCAAACAUUCAUUCACAAUUUCUAUAUUUUACCAAAAAGCUACAUGUCCCUAUCCAUGAUAGUAGGGAGAGAUUUGUUAUCAGAAUUUAACAUCACACUCGCUCAAUUCCGUAAACAUUACAGCAAACUUAUGCUGAUGAAUUUAAAUAAAGAUAAAAUUCUGAACUUAAAAAAACCGGGUUUUUACCAUAAGCUCCAAACGUUGGGUCUUUUACGUAGUUCGAUCCAGGCUCCCUUACCAGAGGUAUGCAAAGAUUCGAAAUUGUCCGAUCCCAAUAUUUCUUCAAAAUUCAUUUCGAUAUCAGACAAAUCUGAACAUAAACAACAAUAUGACACAACUUUUUCUGAAAUGUGUUCUAUAAAUAUUAGCGAUGAGGCUAGCACUAUAAAUGUUGGAGAACAUCUUUCUAAAGAACAAGGCAUUGCUUUAAGAUCAAUAGUGUCCAAUAAUUACAUUAAUUUUCCGGAUAAACAUAUAAUACCAUCUGCUCAUAAAAUGCGAAUUAGCUUAACUCAUGAUACUCCUAUUUUCACAAAGCCUAGACGACUUUCUUUCGAUGAAAGGAAUAAAGUAAAAGUCAUUGUGAAGGAUUUAUUAGAGAAAAAUAUAAUAAGACCCAGUAACUCUCCUUAUGCUUCCGCACUGGUACUCGUUAGGAAGAAAAAUGGCGAAAUUCGUAAGUGUGUCGACUACCGACCUCUUAAUAAAGUAACAAUCCGCGACAACUACCCGCUUCCACUCAUAGAGACGUGCCUAGAACACUUGGGCAAUAAAAAAUUCUUUACGUUACUAGACCUAAAGAGUGGUUUUCAUCAAGUGGCAAUGGACGAGGAUUCAAUUAAAUUCACAGCGUUUGUUACUCCAGACGGCCAGUACGAGUACACGCGUAUGCCCUUCGGAUUAAAAAACGCGCCAGCUGAAUUUCAGCGUUUCAUUAAUACAAUUUUGCGGAAAUUCAUCGAGAAUGAAAAGCUGGUUGUAUACAUUGACGACAUUCUCAUAGCUUCUCAAGACUUUAAAGAACAUCUUGAAAUAGUUAGUGAAGUUUUGCAUACUCUACGAAAUAAUGGGUUGGAGCUACGGCUUGAUAAAUGUAAGUUUGCUUACGAUGAAUUGGAUUACUUAGGAUACAAGGCCAAUCAUUCAGGUAUAUGUCCUAGCGAUAAUCAUGUAAAAAUUAUCAAAAACUAUCCUG